AUGCAAGUCGAACAAGUACAGAUAAGCGAGACGAGCAGUUUAGAUCCAAAGCCAUUGGCGAGUAGUAAACUCGGUAGAACCAAUGGGAAAGGAUGGAAAGCUCCAAAAGAGACAGCGGUGAGGAGAUCGUAUAUCAGUCCAUCUAUAAAAACUUCAUUUGCGAAAAGGAAGGAGUUGGAAAAGACCAGACAAGCCGUGAGAGACAUCGAGAGGGAGAUGAAGGAAGAAAAAGCUACGGAGGAUGAACGUAGAAAACGCACUGCCAUUCGCGAAAGAAGAGAAAGACAAGCGGAGAAGGAAAGGCAAGAACAGUUAAGAGCUAAAAUGAGUGCUAAAAAAUUACAGAGGAUGAAGAAAGUGCGUUUCGUUUUUUCAUACACUAUACUCUGA